AUUAUUUCAGAAUUAACCUUUUUUGUUGUUGUUGCUAACUUAUUGCUCUAGGAUUACUAUUUAGUUUGGGGAUUCAAAAAACAAGCUACUUAAUUUGAUAUAGAGCAAUUGCUGAGAUGAAUUUAAAGAGGUACUAUUAGAAAUACUGCUGACAAUAAACAAGUAACAUUGUAUUGGUGCCACUGGAAUAGAUAUAAAUACAUUUAUUUUCAUUUCACAUGAUAUCAGAUUGAUGAGAUAUUUGGAAGAGAAACAGGCCCACAGCAUCACAGGUCCUCCACCAUAUUUGUGGAUAUCCAUUUUGUGGUUGAAGAGCGUUUCUUUCUCAAGAUUCGGAUGCUCUACGUACAUUUUUGUGUUGUUGACCUUUUUCCUCCCCUGCCCCCCUCAUUGUUCAUAUUAUAAUUUUUAUGCCGCUGCCAUCAGAUUUCAGAGCGAGCUAUUAGUGUCACCUGAUGGAUGCACACAUUUCCAGUUCAAGUCCCAGUAGUACUCAGCAAAUCCUUAUGUUUGUGAUGGUAGGGCAGCACAUGCUACAUUUUUUUUCUAGCAUCCCUCCCAAAUUGGUUGGCAUGUGGAUGAGUUUUUUUGUUGUUGUUUUUUAAACAUCAAAUUGUACUUUUGUAAAUUAAAGGUUGGAAAUGUGAGAUUAUGAUAGUGCAAUGAGAUACGCUGCAUUGAUUUACCCAACAUGUUUAGCUUUUUUUUUUUUUUUUUCCAGCGAUUCCUUGUAUUUUGAGCACUUCUUAUCUGCCAGUCACAAAACUUGCACUCUUAUGAACAAUAGUCUGUAAUUGUGUUACAGUAAAUCGUGUUAUGCAACUUGAUUAGCAGACUCCUAUAGGUCUGGCCACAUGCAAGUAGAUAAAAACUCUUCCUUCUCAUAAAUCUGGUGUCCAUUCCAGAAUAUUUUAUAAUGUAUACUAUAAAAUAUGCAUCACUCCAACUAUAUUACAUAUAGUUAUAUUACUUGCUAGAGCAUCUGCCUUUCUAAUUACCAAGUGACUGGAUUUUCUUCCUUCUCUUUUCCCCUCGUGUUGACUGGAGUGAUGGCAAAGACAAACUGCAGUGCAGAUGCAUGCAUCAAGAAGAUUUGAUUAGAGCAUAGGAAAAAGAGGGAGGAAAAAAUAAGUAUCCAAAUGACAUGCUCAAGAUUAAUUUCCUCAUGCCAUAUGUGAUCCCACAAGAGGCUUAUUAUCCAAGUUCUUUUUAGAAAAGAAGGGUUUCUUGCUAUAAAAUAAUUUUUCAGAGCAAAAUAAAACUUUCCGUGAUCUUCUUUUAAGUGACAUGUAAAGUACCUUUGGCUGAAGUUGGUAAAAGCGUGGCAGGAACAAACAUUACAUGUGAAAUACUAAAGCCUUGUUCACUUUCUUUGCUAUACAGAAUUACUUUAUACAAAUGUUUCACACUGUCCUGCACGUUUCAGAUAUUUUCCUGCUUCACCAGAAUUAAUUUCACUUGACGGGUGCUCAACAGGCUUUUGCUGAAUUGCAAAUAGCAAGAAGCAAAGCAAGAAGACCAUUAAAACAUUCAGGGCAGUGUGCAUUGAGGAACUAUUUUAAGAACACAACUGAAUCAAAAGUUAUUGUCAGAAGUGGGAUUCGAACCCACGCCUCCAGGGGAGACUGCGACCUGAACGCAGCGCCUUAGACCGCUCGGCCAUCCUGACUUCUGCAUAUCAUCCAGCUGUAGAGAUUUAUGAACAGCACAGACACAUGUAUCACUUUACUGUUGGUAUAUAGUACAUUUAUGUAUAGAUACAAAUACACAACAGUGAUUUAAGAAAAAAAGAAUCGCUUUAUGGCUGACAGUGCGGCAAAUUUCCGAAAAAAACCCGUAUGGUCACUUCUUUCCCUACUUUAUAAUGCUAAGUGUUUGUCACAAUGAUGAGAGGAGUGUUGCUGCUGCCCCACCUAUAACUGCAACAGACAACGUAAAGGGGCUGCGUUAGAAAACGCCUUUACGUUGUUAAACUUUAUUAUUUAGGACCGUGUCGCGCAGCGUACCAGCAGUUAGCUCAGCUAGCAGGAGCUCGGCGCAUAGCAAGCCGCUUUGUUCUCACAUAACCUAUCACCGAGUUUCACCAGAGGGACAGAAAAGCACAUUUUUCUCUCCCCAGACAGUCAUGGCGUCUUCCCCUCCACACAACUUCUCCUGGGUUGAACCCAAGAAGCUGGCCGGGUUGGCCAUGCCCAGGAUGCCGAGUGAAUACCGCUACCUGCUGGACAACGGAGUCAGACACCUCGUUUGUCUGUGCGAGAGGAAACCACCGAACCACGACACCUGCCCAGAGCUGCAGCUUCACCACAUCAAGAUAGCGGACUUCACUCCUCCUUCUCCCGGUCAGAUUGAUCAAUUUCUCUCCAUCGUGGAAGGAGCCAACUCCAAAGGAGAGGGCGUGGCCGUCCACUGCAUGCACGGCCACGGCAGGACGGGCACCAUGCUGGCCUGCUACCUGGUCAAGAACAGGAAGAUGUCCGGGGCCGACGCCAUCGCAGAGAUCCGCAGGAUGCGGCCCAGCUCCAUCGAAACCCACGAACAGGAGAAGGCCGUGGUGCAGUUCUCCCAGCGCACAAAGUAGCUUUCCUAUGGCGGCGAACAUGAAAUUAUGUCUGCACUGGAACUGGAUGCACUCAGCGAUUUGGAAAUGAGAUGUGGAAUUAGGGAGUGUGUGUGUUAAAAGUACAUUCAAUUUAAAUUAAUCACUAAUUCUGAUGUUGGCGUUACUGGGACAAAGGUUUCUGGUUUUAAAGACGCACACCCUGCCUUCUUUGUUGUGCUGCACCUUAGAAAAGCGCUCAUUGUUUCACAUUUUGUCACCUUUCAACCAACAACUUUUAACGUGUUUUAGUCUGAUUUUAUCAAAUUACACUUUUUGUCAUGUAAAAUUCUAUUAAAAUUCACAGAAAUCUGUGCAUGUAAUGCAACAAGAAAAUGUUAUUUAUUUUUUUAAAUUCUGUUUAGAGGUUGUCUUUGAGAAAACUAGGAACCUUCACUUAAGCGCUUGUUGCCAGGGAGAAAAGACGCCGACGCUCCCUUAAUGUGAGCUUCUCAGGAGCCGACGCCAUCUUGAUUUUCUCCGCCGGCUUCCUGCUAACGCAAAACCACGCAGAUACUUGAAAUUAGUGGUUUCCACGGACACAAGCAAGUUGCUGUGUUUCAUGUAUAAGGUCUGAGAAUUUGUAUUACUCAGGGAUACGUUUUUAUUUCUUAGCAUUUGUGAAUGCUGAACAUGUUCUGGACCCGAAACGUGCUUCAAAGUGUAAACUCACUCAUCUGACGCUGCUUUCAGUCCAUUUUCUCUCUGAUCUGCCAGAAACAUAAAAGAAUGCUAUUUUUGUCAUGUGAAAUAAAAUUCACUUUUGAAUGAUCCUUUAA